AUGAAUUUAAAGAUACUGCAUAUGUUUGUAAAAGGUGAUAUAUUAAUUAUUUUUUCACAAUAUGGUAUCCCAGUACAUUUAAAAUUAAUAAGAGAUAAAGAAACUGGAAAAAGUCGAGGAUUUGGAUAUUUAAAAUAUGAAGAUCAAAGAUCAACUAUCCUUGCCGUGGAUAAUUUAAAUGGUGCUAAAGUAUUAGGAAGAAUAAUAAGGGUUAAUCAUACUUUCUUUGAGGAACGUGAUAGAGACGAGGAAUAUGAAAAUUUAUUAAAAGAAGAACUUCAAAAUGAUUUUGCAGAAUUAGAAAAUGAACAAGAUAUUAAUUCACAGAAGACUGAUGAAAAAGAUGAUGAAUUUCAAGAUCCUUUAUUAUUGAUGGAAAAAGAUAAAAAAGAUGAAGGAUCUAAAAGUAAAUCAAGAAGUAGACGUGAUCAUCAUCAUAGCCAUAGUGAUAAACAUAGACACAGUCAUAGAAGUCGAAGCCCGAGCAGAGAAAGACCAAGAAGACAUAGAAGUAAGUCUAGAGAACAUAGACAUGAUGAUAAAGAUAAAAGAGAUUAUAGGAGCAGAAGUCAUAGACAUAGAAGUAGUAAAGAGAAAGAAGACCAUAAAAAUAGAGACGAUUCAAACCCAAAGGAAAAUGAAGACAACAAUAGAAACCCCAAUGUAUAA